CCAGCCGUCAGCACCGCCCCGGUACUCCCGCCUGCCGUGCGGUCGGUGCGGGGAAGGCGCGCCCCGGCCCGAGGACACAGUGACCGCCAGGGUCGGGGCCGGACGAGGGCGCAGCAUUGUGGAGGCGCUGCCUCCGGCCUAGCAUUCCCCUCUCUGCCCGCAGGGGACUCACUGCGGGCCCCUCGUCCGCACCGACUACCCUCACUGACUCCUCCGUCCCGUCGCCCUUCCCUGCUCUCAGGUCUCCAGGCUCUGUGCGGGAAGCAGGCAGAACACAGUCUGAUCACGCAAACUGCGUUUGAAUCAGCCCUGCCGCUUACCUGCAUGCGGCCCCGGGCGGGUUGUUCACCUUCACGGGGCUCAGUGGAGAGGACAGCACCGCCUCGCAGGGACGUUGAAGGGGAAGUGUGUCAAUGCAUGGAAGGCGGGCAGCGUAGACUGACCCACGGCAGUUGUUCAGAAGAUGACACUGAGGCCGUUGAAGUUAGUGAGGUCCUCUGUCAAUCAUCCUUAGAGCACCAGCCCCAAAAGUUGAGGAGGAGCACUGUCAGCGCAAUGCACCCCCUCAUGACGCUGCCACUUCGGCGCCUGGCAUGGGGCUGGGUCUCUGGCUGGCCGGCUUCUCUGAGGCCCAGAGGACAAAGACUUCUGCACACUGCCUCGGCUGCCCGCCCUGACAGCAGUGCCCCGGUGUUCACCCGAGCCCUGGCCUUUGGGGACAGGACAGCCCUUGUGGACCAGCAUGGCCACCACACGUACCGGGACCUGUACCAGCGGAGCCUGCGCCUGUCCCAGGAGAUCUGCAGGCUCCGCGCAUGUACCAGUGGCGACCUGGGCGAGGAGCGGGUCUCCUUCAUGUGCUCCAAUGAUGCCUCCUACGUCGUGGCUCAGUGGGCCUCGUGGAUGAGCGGCGGCAUUGCAGUCCCACUGCACAGCAAGCACCCUGCGACCCAGCUGGAGUACUUCAUCCAAGACUCCAGGAGCUCCGUGGUGGUGGCUGGCCCGGGGCACCUAGAGCUCCUGGGCCCCGUGGCCAGCAGGCUGGGGGUCCCCCUGUUGCCGCUUCUCCCCGAUGUCUACACUGGGGCAGCAGAUGGCCUGGUGGAAGGAGAGGCACCAGCACGCAACUGGAAGGAGCGGGGCUGGAAGGAGCGGGGCGCCAUGAUCGUUUACACAAGUGGCACCACAGGCCGGCCCAAGGGCGUCCUGAGCAGUCAUGGCAAUGUCAGCUCCAUGGUGACAGGGUUGGUGGACAAGUGGGCAUGGACACCGGACGAUGUCAUCCUGCAUGUACUCCCGCUGCACCAUGUCCACGGCAUGGUCAACAAGCUGCUGUGCCCGCUCUGGGUGGGUGCAACCUGCGUGAUGCUGCCCAAGUUCAGUGCGGAGCAGGUUUGGGAAAAGUUCUUGAGUUCUGAAACUCCGCGGGUCAACCUGUUCAUGGCAGUGCCCACAAUCUACUCCAAGCUGAUAGACUAUUACGACAAGCGCUUCACCCAGCCUCACGUCCAGGACUAUGUGCGUGCAGUCUGUAAGGAGAAAAUCAGGCUGAUGGUGUCAGGCUCCGCCGCGCUGCCCCUCCCAGUGCUGGAGAAGUGGAGGGACAUCACGGGCCACACACUGCUGGAGAGAUACGGCAUGACAGAGAUUGGCAUGGCCCUGUCCAACCCCCUGACCGCAGCCCGCCUGCCAGGUUCUGUGGGGACCCCUCUGCCAGGAGUGGAGGUGCGUAUUGUCUCAGAGAGCCCACAGAGGGAUGCCCACUCCUAUGCCGUGCAUGCAGAGGGAAACGAGAGGGAGACCAAGGUGACCCCAGGCUUUGAGGAGAAGGAAGGGGAGCUUCUGGUCAGGGGGCCCUCUGUGUUUCGAGAGUACUGGGACAAGCCAGAAGAAACGAAAAACGCAUUCACUCCGGAUGGCUGGUUUAAAACAGGCGAUACGGCCGUGUUCAAGGAUGGCAGGUACUGGAUCCGAGGGCGGACAUCAGUGGACAUCAUCAAGAGCGGUAGCUACAAGCUCAGUGCCCUGGAGAUUGAGCGGCACCUGCUGGCCCACCCCAGCAUCACAGAUGUGGCUGUGAUUGGAGUUCCUGACAUGACAUGGGGCCAACGGGUCACUGCUGUGGUGACCCUUCGUGACGGACACUCACUAUCGCAGCAGCAACUCCGAGAGUGGGCAAAGGGGGUGCUGGCCCCGUACGCUGUGCCCUCAGAGCUUCUGCUGGUGGAGGAGAUCCCGCGGAACCUGAUGGGGAAGAUCAACAAGAAGGAGCUGCUCCGCCAGUUCUACCCGCAGGACGCGGGGCCACCUGCUGGCGCAUGGACAUUGGGCCAGGCAGGGUGAGUGGGUGCCCAGCCACACCGGGCAUACCCCUCAUGCUGAGUGCCCCCCAAACCCAGCACCCUCUCCAUGCUAAGCACCCUCCUCACAGUGAGCAUUCCUCCAGCUCAUACCGAGCACGGCCCAGCGCCCCACAGGGCUUCUAAGCAGCCCCCCUUAAACUCAGUGACCCAGCUCAGAAAGAAUAGAACAGAGACCUGGGGUUGGAAUGGGAAUGGUCAGUGGUGAAGGUGGGGCAGCUUCCUGUGUCACCAUGCCAGGCACGUCGUGAGCUCGUCGUCAACAGUGGAGAAGUGUCCUGGUGAAGACACUCGGCAAUGUCCCAUAGGGUCGGGACUUGCCUAGGGCAGGUCCCUGAGGCAAUGGGGGGGGCUCCCCCAAGCGGCAGUCCCCAAGAGAGAUGAAUAAAGACCCCUGGAGAAGGGAGCGCCCGUUCCUGCUGCUGUCCAGUGCCUGCGUGGGGGCAGUGCAGGCAUGUACACACGAGCACAUGUAUACACACACGCCCAUGCCAAGCUGUGUGUUGCCGCACUCCUCUCAGAAGCCCACAUUCCCUGGCCAUCUAGGACCUCUGUGCAUCCUGGGGUUGGGCUGCAUCCUCCCUUUGUCCACCAUUCCCCCGGUACCCAUGCCUCAAUUCCCCAAACAAGGCCUCAGGGACGUGCUUUGGGUUUAGGUAACCAGAGGAUAUGGUGGGGCCACGCAGUGAUGACACGGCUUCCUGCUGGUCCCUGCUGUCUGCUGUGAGCCUCAGGGCCCAUCCUGCCAUGAGCCAGAGAGAGCCUUCCAGAGCAGGGCCGGUAAGCUUCUUCCUAAAGGGCCAGGUGGUCAGUACCUCGAGCUUUGCUGGCCCAGGAUCUCUGGCAGCUGCUCACCUGGGCCAUCAUCCCAGAAAGCAGCCACACAAAGCACGAAAGCAUGUCCUAUAAAGCAUGAGAAUGGGCAGACAUGUGCACCUUUCCCCCCAUCCCUCCCCAGGACAUGGUCAGUGACCUUAUGGGCAGCCUGACCCCUUGUCUGCGUCACAGAGGAGGGCGGUCUGAGGUGGCUCAGCAAGGCUGCUGGGCAUUCUCCAGCCAAGGUCAGCCUCCAGGAUGCUCAGACUCUGGCGGCCAGGACAGCACGGAGGCGGAAUGGUCCCAGAGCACAGCGGCAGGGCCUUGUUGCCACGUCCCUGCAGCUGACGUCUGCAGCCACAAAGCCACAGGGCCCAUGGCCCGCAGAACGCAUGACCCCUUUGUGCCAUGUAGCACCCACCUCCGUCACCCACUGCUGAUGCUGUGUGGGUCAGGGUCCUAGUGCGCUGCACCUUGAUCUGCCCACUGGCCCCAUUCCAUCCAGAGCAGCUCUUUGCUGUGCUGUCAGCCUUGUGGAGAAGCGGACAUCUCCCUGCAGGCCCCUUAGCCAAGACAGUCCACUUGCCCCUGCUACGGCUCGGGACCCCCUGCCCCACAUCCCAGGCACUAAGUGUACAGUGGGGCCAGUGCUCCCUUUACACACCAAGGCAGGUCUGUGAGCGAGGACUCAUUCGGACUACCCUUCUAGACCUCCCUCAGCUCUUGAUGGGUGCUCACUGUGUGGCCCCGGACAGUCACUACCAGGUCAGCUCCUUCCUUAGGGACUCCAAGAUGGGGCUUAGUGUCAUUCCAGUUAUUAGUGGAAUUCUAGAAGAGGAACACUCACCCUGGAAAUUGUUCCUGUAGGAAAGGCGGAAUGAGCUCUUCAACGAGCUUCUAGCAGCCAAUUUUCAGUGAGGUGUCGUGCCCUGGUCACUCCCGCUCAGCUGGGAUUCCUGUUAUUCUGGAUCAUCACGCGAGGUUGAGAUGCUCCAACUGCCUUAUCUUGGACCAGCAGGAGCCCUUCGUGCUGGCCCCUGCAACCUCUGACACGGCCCCUGGCAUGUGUCCAACCUCUGGCAAGAAGGAAAAAGCAGUGGCACAGCACUGGCUCUGCCCUCGUGUGGGCAGAGGGGCAGGACCCGGUGUUGGGUAUGCGCCUGACGGGGGGAUGCGAGGCAAGGACAGCAUGUGCGAGACUACCUUUAGUCAGCGUUGGACUUGGGCACGGUCACCUUCAGCCUCUGAUCUGUGUGUCCUGUCAUGGCUGUAGGAGGGGCACUUCUAGCACCCUCCUGGGCCAGAGCAGACCCCUGCUCACAGACAAUGCUGAGCCCCCAGCUCCCCUCCUCGGUGGGUGGAGCUCUCUGGGCCGGCUCCCCUCCGGGCAGUGGUGGAGCAGGAGGCCAGGCAGCCCUUCCUGGCUGUAGGAGGGGUCAGUGUAGCCUUUGUUACAGCCUCAAUGAUGCAGUAAAUUCCUGUCACCGGAUAGAUCAAUAUCACAUUAUCACGUCCCACACCCAUGACGCCUAAGCAAGCAACACAGGGACAGGGUCACGGGAUGGAUGGCAGUGACGGCACUUCCCCAUCCAUCACACCCGGCCGCCAGCGCAAGGUGCUGACAUGGCCAUUAAUAAGGCACGAUGGGAGCGCUGGAGCGCGUGAUGGAUGGCCCAGGUGGGAGUGGGUGAACUGGUGUUGCAGGGGCACGAGGGGAACUGCACCUGAGGACGCGGAGAGGGUCCCAUUUGCAAGAUGGGCAGGGUUCGUCCUGCAUCAGCUCCCACUGCUGGAAUGUGGAGGGUCCUCCAUUCCCAUGAGCAGGGUGUGUGCAAACACUGAUGGCAGUGCUCACGCAGCUGGACAGACUACUGGGCCUGCCAACACCUGCUUCUCAGGACCUCCCACUUCCCACCUGGGGAAACUUAGGGUCGUGAGGUGCGCCAUGUCCAAGAUGACAGCAAGGAAGCAGGAGGGCUGGGGUGGGAACCAGCUCUGUUUGGGUUCAGGCCCUUGGUCUUCACCCAGGUCCAUGGAGCUCCUCCACGAGAAACUCUAGGGGAAGAGGCCUUUGAUGCGGGCCUGUGACCAGGUGCCAGAGAGGGAGGGCCUCCAGCAAGCCCAGUGGGAUUAGAGGGGAACUGGGACAGGGAGCUGAGCAGGGAAGCCGGUCAGGGCCUGGGGGGACCCCUGAGGCGGGGGGGCUGUGUGCUGUGAUGGUGCUCUGGGUGGUGAGGGGCUAAGUCAGAUCACCUGUCUCAAGAGAAAGGGGAUCCCUGGGCCAUGGCUGGCUGCCACACUUGGAAUGGCCUGGCUCACAUCCCAAGGGGCCUGGCUCAGCUCAUCAGCACUCGGUUUCCAGGAGUGAGAGAACCCAAGGGAAUUGAGGAAGCUACGAGCCAGGCCAGCUGGUCACCAGGAUGCAGGCAGCCCAGGCAUCCCUGGAGUUCUGAGGGUCACCAGUGCUCUGGGUGUUGGAGCUGCAAUGAGCCUGGCCAUCAGGGAGAUGCUGCCCCCACUGUGGUCAGCAGGAGGAUGCCCCAGAGAUGCCCAAGUCCUCGGAGCCCAUGAAGAUGCUCCCUUGCAUGGCAAAGGGGCUCUGUGGACAUGCUUAUGGUGCAAAUCUGAGCGGGAAGAUGAUCCUGGACUAUAGGGGUGAACCCACUGUGAACCCAAGUGUCCUUAAAUGAGGGGGCAGGUGGGUCAGAGGAGAUUUGAGGACAGAGCAGAGGUCAGGGAGAUGGGACAUGAGGACUCAACCUGUCACUGUUGGCCUCGAAGCCUUGGAGCCUGCAAACACUGGAAGGCCAAGAAUGGGUUCUCCCUGGAGUUCCAAAGAGCCAACCCGGUAACACCUGGACGUUAGGCCAAUGAGACCCUGCUAGACCCAAUAUCCAGAGCUAGAGGAGAUUAAAUUUGUGUUGUUCUAAGCUGCUCAAUUUGUGGUCAUCUGUUAUAGCAGCCACAAGAAACCACAUUCCUUUCUUUCCUGUGUCCCCACACUGGACAACGAUGUUAAGAGAAGGGGAGGAUGCCUGGAAGCCCAUAUCCCGUGGGCGGAGGGUCUGGUGGCCUCUCUAUAUCUGGCUCCCAUGUCCACUCUCCCACCCUUCCUCUGUGGGGUCUCAGGGUCCCACCCCCCGCCCCCGACACUCCAGUCUGCGCAUGACCGGGAGGCCUUUCUGCUCGGCAGCCCCUGGUCAUUGAUGUCCCUGCACGCGCCUCCACGCUCAUGGCGACUUUCCGUAGAGAGGAGGAUGUGGCCCUGGCUGGCUCUUGGGGCAGCCAGUGGAGGGGGUUGGGGACAGCAUGUGGGGAGGGACCCGCAGCAGGCAUGGAAAGGCCCUGGAGGGAGCACACCAACCUCCAUCCUCGGUGUCCCCUUGUCAGCACCUCCCAUCUAGGGGCCCAUCCCCUUCUGUGUCCCGAGUUGGUGACAACACUGGAGGCAAGUGCAGAAGGGCAUGCCCAGGCUGUGGGUCAGACUGGCUGGUCAGGCACCUGGAACACAUUACCUGGCUUCUUGGGGCCUCAAGGCCCUCCUCGGGCUCUCCCUAGUGAUCCCAGACAGGGCUGGAUUACCCAAUAAACAAGGUACAAACAGGCUUAAUUGUGCUAACUUAGUAACCUGUAGUACACUUUCACCUGGGGUUCACCAAAUCAACUGUGCUUACUGGUUAAUUUGCCCUGGAGCACAUUUUCUGUGAGGGUCCCGCCUCAGGUCAUAGCUUGGCAAAGGUGCUCCAUUCCACUCACAUCCCUGGGACAGUAGGUUCUCCAUGCCAUGCUGCCCCCCUCAGUGUAGGACUGGGAGGUGGCCCUCUGCCUGACCUUGACCUGCCCCAGGCCACACAGGCCCUCAGGCUGCACAGCUGUCAUCUCCCUGGGGCUUCAUCUCUCCUGGAGUCUCCCCCGCACCUGUCUCAGGCAUGUGGGCAUGUGUGUGUGUGUGCUGCUGUGCGUGGGGGCUCCACAUGGUGAGGUGUAUAAAGUGUGUGUACAUGUGGCGGGGAGUGUGGUGCAGUGGUGAGCACUGUAGCACCUGAGCAUAUACACACCUGAGCUUGUGGAGGCCUGAGCACGUGCAGACAUGACUGUGCACACUUUGUGGCCACAGUGGGCCCACAGUGGAGGGUGCAAAAUGCCCUGGGGCGGACAUCCAUCUGCACAUGUGGACCAUGCAUGUGUGUGGUCUGCACGUACACCCUGGGCAUGAAGCGCCCUGGAGGGAUAUGCGUGUGUCCGUGGAGGGUGCCGGGUCAGGUAUGCUGGGUCCUCUCAGGGCCUGAGCUGCACCCUCCCCCGGCAGCCCCGUCUGUCGGCUGCAGCACGUCCCCCGUUGGCAUUCUGGUCAUACACCGUCCAAUUGCUCUGUAAUGGCCAUGGGCCAGUAAGUCAUCAAUCCACUUCAUUACAGCCUGCCAGCCCUGUCCCUGCCACCAUGCAGUAAAAGCCAUUAGAACAACCACAACAAGCGGCGCAUCUUCAGCGCACCCUCAGCAUUCCCGCUGGCUCCUGCCUUACUGC